CAACAACAACAACAACAACAACAACAAAAGAAAACAAAACAGAAAUUCUUUUUGUUACCUUUAUAAUUUUUGUAAAUCGAGCGCGCGGAUUAGGCGCGUCGACAAUUUCUUCCGUAAAUUUUUAACGCAGCGCGUUCAAAAAGUCGGCAACAUAACGGCGCAAUUAUUGAACAGUUUUCUCAAGGGUAGUCCCCACCAGACCACCAUAGAUAUAAUGCAAAAGCUCUAUGCUGAGCCGCCGCCCAGCAGCGCGCCAGUUAGCAUGUCUAGUGCUGGCGGCGCUCCAUCUUCGGGCGGCGGUGGCGGAGGCGGCGGCGGAGGUGGUGGUGGUGGCGGCGGUGGCUCUAUCCCGACUAGCAACAACAAUCCCAAUCCCACCUCCAAUGGCGGCAGCAUGAGUCCAUUGGCGCGCUCCGCUUACACCAUGAACAGCAUGGGUCUAACAGUGGGCGGCAUGUCCUCCGUUUCGCCACAAGCGGCGGCCACCUUUGGCGCCAGUGUCCUAGACUCUGCGGCGGCGGUGGCCAGCAUGAGCGGCAGCAUGGGAGCGGCAGCGGCUAUGAACUCCAUGGGCGGCAACUGCAUGACCCCCAGCUCGAUGAGCUACGCGAGCAUGGGCUCGCCUCUGGGCAACAUGGGCGGCUGCAUGGCCAUGUCGGCGGCGAGCAUGUCGGCGGCUGGCUUGGGCGGCAGCUACGGAUCGAUGCCACCAGGCACGCGGGACAUGGAGCCCGGCUCACCCAACUCCCUGGGACGACGGGGCGUGGACAAGCCAACUACAUACAGACGCAGCUACACGCACGCGAAGCCGCCUUACAGCUACAUCUCGCUCAUCACGAUGGCCAUACAGAACAAUCCUACACGCAUGCUUACCUUGUCGGAGAUCUAUCAGUUCAUCAUGGAUCUGUUCCCGUUCUAUCGGCAGAAUCAACAGCGCUGGCAGAACUCCAUACGUCACUCACUGAGCUUCAACGACUGCUUCGUGAAGAUACCACGCACUCCGGACAAGCCGGGCAAGGGCUCCUUCUGGACGCUGCACCCGGACUCCGGCAACAUGUUUGAGAACGGCUGCUAUCUGCGUCGCCAGAAGCGGUUCAAGGACGAGAAGAAGGAGGCCAUACGUCAGCUGCACAAGAGUCCGUCGCACAGUAGCUUGGAGGCGACCAGUCCGGGCAAGAAGGACCACGAGGAGUCGCAUCACAUGCACCAUCACCAUCACACGAGUCGCCUGGAGCACCACCAGCACCACAAAGAGGCGGGCGGCGGCGGCGUGGCACUGGCGGGCGUCAACGUGCUAAGCGCGGCGCACAGCAAGGAUGCCGAGGCGCUGGCCAUGCUGCAUGCCAACGCAGAGCUGUGCCUCGGCCAGCAGCCGCAACACGUGCCCACGCAUCACCAUCACCAGCACCACCAGUUGCAGCAGGAGGAGCUGUCCGCGAUGAUGGCCAACCGGUGCCAUCCGUCGCUGAUCAGCGACUACCACUCGUCGAUGCAUCCACUGAAACAGGAGCCCUCCGGCUACACGCCCUCCAGCCAUCCAUUCUCCAUCAAUCGCCUGCUGCCCACAGAGUCCAAGGCGGACAUCAAGAUGUACGACAUGAGCCAGUACGCCGGGUACAACACACUCAGUCCGCUGACCAACUCACAUGCUGCCUUAGGCCAGGACUCGUACUACCAGAGUCUCGGUUACCACGCGCCUGCCGGCACCACGAGCUUGUGA